AAAAGGCGUCUGUUUCUUUUUGUCGUUUUGGUUUCUUUCUUGCAUUGCCGCUUUGUGUGUUGUAAAUUAUUCCCAAAGGCCGGUUUGGAGCGAAUAUCAUGCCUCACACGUCCAUUCCAUAUGCCCAACCCCGGUUUGGUAGCCCUUGUGUUUUCUAUGACUUCACGCUCUUCACAUGGAAUUGACAAAAAGGAAAAUAACAAGCCUUGGUUUAUGUGAAAGAAAGAAAGAAACAAACUUUAGAGCUUACCAAAUCCUGACCUUUCGUUUCUUGAUCCAAAGUUGUCUGAAAGAGAGUUUGCGGUUUCAACCCAUCUGGAAAGAAGUGCUUUGGACUCUCGUCCUCUUCUCCUUUACGUGUAGUCACUCUUUGAAAAGAAUCUCUCAUGUCUGUGUCUGUUACAGUUGAUGUCUUCUGUUCAUUGGGGCAAUAAUGGAGUCUUUUUGUUAUUUGAUGGGGAAAUUUCAUAUGGGUUUUGUUUAUGGGGUUUGUUGAAGAAAGUUGGGGGUUUGGAUUUUUGUGGGUGGGUUUGAUAUGAAGCAGAAACAGAAGGAUGUAUCAGAUGUGGUGGUCGGAAAAAUGGUGUUGGUUGCUGUUAAAGCAUCAAAAGAGAUAUCAAGAACUGCUCUGGUGUGGGCUUUGACCCAUGUUGUUCAACCUGGAGAUUGCAUUAAGCUCCUGGUGGUCAUUCCUUCUCACCCCUCAACAGGUAAAAAGAUGUGGGGUUUCUCAAGAUUCACCACUGAUUGCGCUACGAGUCACCGGAUGUCCUUCUCAGGAACUAGCGUAGAUCAGAGGGAUGAUGUUGCAGAAUCUUACUCCCAAAUGAUGUGCCAACUCCACCAUGUUUAUGAUCCGGAGAAGAUUAAAAUCAGAAUAAAAUUCGUUUCUGGCUCACCUUUUGGGGUAGUAGCUGCUGAAGCCAAGAGAACUCAAUCAAACUGGGUUAUAUUGGACAAACUGAAACAUGAGAAGAAGUAUUGCAUGGAAGAGCUACAAUGCAAUGUUGUGGUUAUGAAACAUUCACAGCCAAAGGUCCUCCGACUGAAUUUAAAUGAACCACAGAGGAUGGAACCUGAGGAAUCUUUUCAAUUGCCAUUUGGUUCAGAACCAUCUUUACAGUAUUUCGAAGCCAGGCAUGAUAAGGUAGAUAUAUUGAAAGGACCGUUCGUGACUCCUGUGAGUAGUCCAGAGCAAGAGUCACCAUUGACUACAACAGAUGCUGGGACCUCAUCAAUAUCGAGCUCGGAUCCAGGGACUUCACCAUUUUUGCUCUCUGGAAAUUACAGGAACCAGAAGAAAGACCAUUCAUUUAUCCUUGAAGAGAAUCAUAGUCUGUAUGAAUCUGACUCUGAUACAGAUGGUGGAGAUAUGGUUCGUCCAUCCUCAACUUUAUAUUUCCAGCCUUGGACAGAUGAGGUUUUUAGUUCUAGUGGUGAAUUAUCAAAACAUUCAGUUGAAGGUUUGCAAAGACUCAGUGAUACAGCCCUGACUUCCACUUAUAAACUUCUGCUGCGUAAUUUGUCUACACUAGAUCAGGAUCCUCAUGUUGGAGUGCUGAAUUACAAACUUGAUCUCAACUUAAGCAAAAGUGUGAGGGAAGCAGUUUCUUUGUCCAGAAAUGCACGUCAUGGUCCUCCUCCAUUAUGCACAGUAUGUCAACACAAGGCACCUGCAUUUGGUCAUCCUCCAAAAUGGUUCACCUUUGCUGAACUGAAGCUUGCUACAGACGGAUUCUCAGAAGCGAACUUCCUGGCUGAAGGUGGAUUUGGUUCUGUUCACCGAGGUGUCUUUCAAGAUGGCCAGGUUGUAGCUGUGAAGCAACAUAAAUUGGCUAGUUCUCAGGGUGAUGUGGAAUUUUGCUCAGAAGUAGAGGUUCUAAGUUGUGCACAACACCGUAAUGUUGUGAUGCUGAUAGGAUUCUGUGUGGAGGAAGGGAAAAGGUUGCUUGUUUAUGAAUAUCUUUGCAAUGGGUCUUUGGAUUCUCAUCUUUAUGGACGUGGCAAAGCUCCAUUGGAAUGGCCUGCAAGGCAAAAAAUUGCCCUCGGAGCAGCUAGAGGAUUGAGAUACCUUCAUGAAGAAUGCAGAGUGGGUUGUAUUGUUCACCGUGACAUGCGGCCUAACAAUAUCCUCCUCACCCAUGACUUUGAACCAUUAGUUGGAGACUUUGGACUGGCAAGGUGGCAGCCAAAUGGAGAUAUGGGGGAGGAGACAAGAAUAAUUGGAACUUUUGGGUACUUGGCUCCAGAAUAUGCUCAAAGUGGCCAAAUCACCGAAAAAGCUGAUGUCUAUUCCUUUGGAGUAGUAUUGUUAGAGCUUGUUACGGGACGGAAAGCUAUUGAUAUAAACCGGCCAAAAGGCCAACAGUGCCUGACUGAAUGGGCACGACCUUUGUUAGAGAAGGAUGCUAUUGAUGUGCUCGUUGAUCCACGGUUGAGGAAAUGCUAUUCAGAACAGGAAGUUUGUAACAUGCUGCAAUGUGCCUCCUUAUGCAUCCAGAGAGACCCUCAUUCGAGGCCUCGAAUGUCUCAGGUUCUUCGGAUAUUGGAAGGUUAGAUUGUGCGGAACUGGAACAAUUUACAAUUCCGAAGCAGCACAUAAAGCAAGUCCCUGAAACAACAGACGUAUUUUGAGUGACAAUGCAGAAGAGUUCCAAAAGAAGCUUUCCAAGGUAGCAGCCCUACAGAUUACUUUGGUGGGAGAAGAUGCGUCAUAUGAGAACCCUUGUUUAGAUAUGGAAGCAAACUGUUACAUAGAUUCAAAUUUUGUUGUGAGAAAAUUGUGGUAGUCUUUAGAUGUAUAGCCGUGUCACUGGUUGCAAGGCUUCGUAAAUGAUGCGGAGUUUUUUUGCAUGUUUGUAAUUUUUUAUUGAACUAACUUCGUCCAGCAGUGAUGAAAUUCCAGCUGAUUAAUUUCAUGUU